UACAGCAAACGAGCCCAAAUUUUCAUAGGAAGACAUGUAGUCCUCAUCCUAGCUAGACCGUGUUGUUGAGGGCAGAUCUGAUAGAAAAGGGAUGAACACCUGAAUUGCAAGAAUUAUUAUUGUUUAGAUCUCUCUUUGGUUUCAGUUUGAAACCUCUAACAAAUUCAAAAGAAAAACUUGCCUUUUAGUUUUAAUGUCAUCUAUGUUUACUCUUAGUGAUCGAUCGAUUAUUCGUCCUCAUUUACUCAGAGUAACACACAAACCAGUCGUACCUCUAACAUAUCAUCAUGUCUCUGUUCGUUUCCCUUACAAUAUCAACAUCAAAAAUACUUCAUUCAUACGGAUGAAUGCUAACAAGGAGGAGGAAAGGCAGUUUACUCCAACUGAGAUCAAGGAUAAAGUUGCCCCAAUUCUUAAACCUCUAGAAGAAAAACCCUUUGGUGAAAAAUCAAUUCCCUUACCAAAAUCGAAAACCCCCACUCCGAAACCCAAAAGCAGAGGCAAAUUCAAAAAAAGACUCAGAACCAAAAGCAAAUUUGGUCGCAAGGGCAUAAGGCUUAAAUGUGUGAGAGUGUCUUCUGGUGGUGACAAGGAUGUAUUCCCUCGACGUCGACGUCAAUCUUCAGGGAAGAGACAAUUGGGGACACAAUCUGUGAUGGUUCUGAGAAAGUCUGAAGUGGAAAGGGGUGGACCCGUGAAUGCGACAACUGCAUCUACAUGUUGUCAGUCAAGAUUACAAUUCAACACAUCUGAAAAACAAGAAACAUUGGAAUAGCCUUUCUUGUUGUCACCCAAACAUCCCCUGUCCUAAAUCCCAUAUCAGCCAUUGCCGUGCAUCUUUCCCUUUUAGUCUCUUCCAAGAUGGUCGUCUUGUACUGCACCAUAGAUAAAAGUUUUUCCCUCAACUAAAGCAUAGGAAAUUAGGAAUGUUUUCCCCUUGAGGGCUUGACUUAUUUUGAUGUAUAAUAAAGUUGAGUGGCUUUAGACCACCUUUAACUUGUUUAGAGGGAACAUUGUUAUGAAGUAGAUAGUUUAGGUCAGCAACUCAGUCAAUUAACUAGUUUCAUGAAAGGAAGGAUGUUUUGUGACUAGUCAAUUUUUGAUUUCCAAAGAGAUAAAAAAUACAUAUU